CAUCUCUAUGGUCAAGAAAAACCAGAGAAAGAAAACAAAGCAAUUAAUUCAAGAAUCCAUAGGAAGCUGAAGAUGAAGAGAAUUCCUCGUAUCAAAUUUCCUCAGAGACAUUCUAUUUCAUCUGGUUCUGGUCCGGCGACGGGAUCUGUUGCCGGCGGUAAGAAAAAUGUGACGGCGAGUUCAGAUGUUCCGGCGGCUCCGAAGAACACUGCUGAUGGAGGAAAAGCAUCUCUGCAGCCGAAACGUACACCUGUCUCCGACAAAGAAAUCGAAUCAAUUAUGUUGGGUGGUUGCAUUUGACAUUUGGGAGUUACGAAGAUUUGAUCGAACACUUUGGUGUUCUUGUCUUGUCGGCUGGUGAAGUUUAUUAUGCUGUUUUUAAAUGUAAAGAAAUAACUAAUAAUGUAGAGAAUAUGAUUUUGUAAGAAUGAUACUCUUUCUCGUUAUUAGUAUUAAAAGAUAAAAUGCCUC